GCCUGGCACCUGUGUCUUUCCCACUCUUACGUGGACAAAAAGUGCAUCUGGCCGGAGUAUUUAAAGCAGUGCAGCGUUGGUUCACCACCUGCUUGUCUGGCCUCAAGAUGUUACAGAAAUGGUGUUUGGGUCUGCUCUGCUUCCUCACUGGAGCAUCAUAUGCAGCUGAGGUCUGUUUUGAUGAGCUGGGCUGCUUUAAUGACCUCCCUCCCUGGGGGGGCACUGCCCAAAGACCAGCCUCCGUUCUGCCCUGGAACCCCGAAGAGCUCGGCACCCGCUUCCUCCUCUUCACACAGAGGAACCGCUACUACCAGGAGAUCAAGACUGACCAAACCAUCCAUGCCUCAAACUACGGUGGGACGAGGAAGACUCGAUUCAUCAUUCCUGGUUAUCUGAAAAAAGGAGAUGAGGACUGGCCACAGGAGAUGUGUAAGGUUAUGCUGAAGUGGGAGAAUGUGAACUGCAUUGCUGUGGAGUGGAAGAAAGGUGUGAAGACUCAGUAUGCCCAGGCUGCCAAUAAUGCCAGGGUGGUGGCUGCCCAGGUGGCAUCCAUGAUCUCAUUCCUCAUGGGUAACUACAAGCAGAAGGCUGAUAAGUUCCACAUCAUCGGUCACAGCCUCGGAGCUCACAUUGCAGGAGAUACUGGCAGCAGGAUCACUGGCCUUGCACGCAUCACAGGACUGGACCCAUCUGAACCUUACUUCCAAGACACUAAUGCCUCCGUGCGUCUAGACACCAGUGAUGCUGCCUUUGUGGAUGUUAUUCACACCGAUGGACUUCCUUUUAACUCCAAACUUGGUCUGGGCAUGUCACAAUCUGUGGGCCACAUUGACUUUUAUCCCAAUGGAGGAGAACUGAUGCCCGGCUGCUCUGCCAACAAAGGCAGUCCCACUAACCUGGAUGCUAUCUGGGAAGGUACCAUGAGGUUUAAUGACUGCAACCAUGUCCGCGCCUAUCAGUACUACAGUGAGAGCAUGGUUAAACCUGGAGGCUUUGUAGGAUUUCCCUGCUCAGACAAGGACAGUUUUGCUGCUGGAAAGUGUUUCCCAUGUGCAAACAACAAAUGUCCUCUGAUGGGCCACCGUGCUGACAGGUUCACUGUGACUGAUGGCAUUUCAAAGACAAAGUACUUCCUCAACACAGGCGGUUCAGAACCCUUUGGCCGUUAUAGCUACAAAAUGACAGUAACUCUUGAUGGUUCCAAGUGGCCUAAUCCAGGCUUCAUGUUCGUGGCACUCACUGGAAACAGUGACAGUACCAAGGAGUACCAGCUUCAUGUGGGUACACUGAUGCCUGGAUCGACUUAUGAAAUGUUGUUCAACGCUGAGGUGGACGUAGGUGAUGUGACGGAGGUGAAAUUCCGGUGGAACAACCACAUCUUUAACCCUAUGAAACCCAAGUAUGGAGCUUCUAAAGUGGAGCUGCAGAGAGGAAAAGACAAUAAGACUGUCCUCUUCUGUGGAACAGAGAACGUGGUGGAGAACGCAGUCCAGUCUGUGCUUCCAUGCCAAGUUUAACCAGUCAUAAUCACCAUGUUACUUGGGGUCUUUCAAUAAAGAACUUGAUUUGCA